AUGCUUAUCUUUCCUUCUUAUUUCCACCUAUCAUCACUGCAUGCUCUUCUCACUGCAUCGUCGUCUCAUCUUUCUGCAUCCUCCUCUCCCCUCUCCUGCGUCUUUUGUGAUGUGUGUGUGUACCUUUGCAGGGGCAUGUGGCACGGUCUAUCAUGGCACCUGGAACGGCUCGCCUCAUUUCGUUCAUUCCCUAUCCUCCCAUGUCUCCUCUCUUCCUGCGCUUCCUGCUUGCCUGUAUUCCGCUUUUUCUCCCGAUGGCAGGACGUGGCAGUGAAGGUGUUUGCACGGCAUGACAUCAGCGUUGAUUUCAUGCGGGACUUCAAGAAAGAGAUCCGCAUAAUGGAGAAGCUGCGUCACCCCAACAUUCUUCUCUUCAUGGGCGCUGUUGCCUCCUUGGACCAUCUCGCCAUAGUCACGGAGUUCCUCCCCCGCGGCAGUCUCUUCCGCCUGCUGCAUCGCCGUACAGCGGGGCUCACCCGCCUGCGACUGCUACGCAUGGCACUGGAUGUUGCGCGGGGAGUGAACUAUCUGCACAAGUGCUCGCCCCCCGUGGUGCACCAUGAUAUCAAGUCGGCCAAUCUACUCGUGGACAGGAACUGGACCGUCAAGGUGGGCGACUUUGGUUUGAGCAAGAUGAAGUUCGCCACGUACCUCUCUGCUCGAUCCGGCCGGGGGACGCCCCAGUGGAUGGCUCCAGAAGUGCUUCGCAACGAACCCUCUAACGAGAAGUCCAACGUGUACAGCUUGGAAGUGUUGUUGUGCGAGAUGGCUUUUUGGUGUGCGUCCUCUCGUGUGCUCAUGCUUAACCACCCCUCCUUGCAACCUACAACCCAUCCCUGCAGGUCUGAUGUGUACAGCUUUGGGGUGGUCCUGUGGGAGAUGGCAACACGCCAGGUGCCAUGGGAGGGCAUGAACCCCAUGCAGGUGGUGGGGGCCGUGGGCUUCCUGGACCAGCAGCUGCCUCUGUCUCCAUCCAUUGAUCCUGCCAUGAGGCUCCUCAUCUCCGACUGCUGGCGCAGCCCCAUGGAGCGACCGUCAUUCGAUGAGAUUACUUCGAGACUGAAGAGCAUGGUGCAGGAGCAAGAGCUGCAGCAGCAGGUGGAUGGGAGAGGCGUGUAA